GGCGAUGAUAUUUUGAGUGUUGUAUUUCUAAAAUUCAGCAAAACAAAAUCAAUAAUUCACUGACCGACACACAGUGUGAUUGUAGCAAGGAGACAAUCAAGAAAAAUUAUUAAAUUUGCAAAUUAAAUGACGACAAAAUGAUUGGCAAAGUGACCAAAUUUUCGGCCGACGAGGUGAAGCAUACUGGCGAUGCGACUUGUUUGUUAUAUUUGAAUGGCUAUUUGUAUUCUGGUGGAGCAGAUGGAAAAAUAAAGGUGUGGAACGAUAAGCUAGAACUUGUAAAAGACAUAAAUGCUCAUGACUCCUACAUUUAUGCAAUCUGUGCCAAUUCCAAGGGAGUAAUUUACUCAAGCAGUUGCGACGGUACAAUUAAAUAUUUCGAAAAUCCAUUGGCCAAUUCAUGUGAACCGAUCAUACUAAUGAAAACCGAUCACGACGAAAUAAUAUCAUUGGUAUGUGUGGACGACGUCCUUUAUUCGGGUGACGAUAAGGGCAUUGUUAUUAAAUGGGUGGACAACAAAAUUACAUUCAAAUAUAAUAUCGUUGAAGAGGUUCGAUCGAUGGCUGUUGAGAAGAACCUUCUUUACACGGCUCGUGAUCUGGAUUGCGUUAUAACCGAUUUAUUGGAAGGAAAAACUGGGAGAUACGUUACAAAAGCAACGAUCGAGGGACGUGCUCCAGUGACACUGUUCGGACCGAAGGAAAAUGAAAUCAGCAUGUACCUAGUCUUUACAACGAGAAGUGGUAAAGGAAUAUCUUUGGUGCGUAACAAGCAACCAUUUGAUUCGGUUUGGAAUAAGGAAGAUGCUCACGAAAUGAUUAUAAAUACAGUCUGUGCAUCUGGAUCAGAUCUAUAUACAGCUGGAUACGAUGGCAAAGUAAAAAAAUGGAUCGAAGUGGAAAAUAGUCCCCGAAAUGUGGGUGAAGUUACUAUUGGUAGGUUUAUCAAUGCCAUUUGUAUGGGAGCGGAUAGUAAGGUGUAUGUUGCAGACACAACGGGUGUCAUUAGUGAAGUUUGCUUCAGCUCAAAGGCGGGUUAGUGAUUACUUUUUUUUACAAAAAAACGAUUUCGGAAUUGAUUCUAAUCGACGUGACGUUUAGGCGCUACACUAACGGAUAAUGUUCUUAAUUGCAAGAUGUUUAUUAAUGGAAAAUAAUCUUGAAUUGAGUUGAUGGCAAUAAACCACUUUUCUUAGCAAUU